AUGGACCAGGAGGUCAAGGAGUCAAAGCCCUCCGGCGAGCCAAACCUGUUCCUGCAAUGGGGCAGCCGGAAGCGGCUUCGCUGCGUCAAGUCCCGGGAGGACGGCUCGCCGUCGCCGGCCCGGACGGAUGCGCUCAGGCGCACCAUACCCCGGGUGAAUCGGCCCCUUCUGGGAGGCGAUGUCGCACAGUUUCGUUCACCACGCCGCCCGAGCACUCUUCACCGGAGAAAAUCCGAGGCACAGGCGAGUGAGGCCAGGCAGUGCAUAUCCCUCUCACCAGAGAAGGACCGGUACUACUCCACCAGGGGUUCCCCAUUUCCCUUUGAGGGGAAUGGGUUUGAUUUCAGCGGCGGGGUGGAAGAGAAGGGCACCGCUGCUCUGCCGAGGUUCUUCAUCUCAUUGUCGAACAAGGAGAAAGAGGAGGACUUCUUGGCAAUGAAGGGCUGCAAGCUCCCACAGAGGCCGAAGAAGAGGCCCAAGCUGACGCAGAAAUGCUUGCUUACGGUGUGCCCAGGAGCUUGGCUGUCAGAUCUCUCGCAUGAGAGGUAUGAAGUUCGAGAGAAGAAGAGCUCCAAAAAGCAGAGGGCGAGGGGACUGAAGGCGCUGUGCAUGGAGAGCGAUUCGGAGUAG